UCUCUCUCUCUCUCUCUCUUGUCAAGUUGCUAUUUCACCAUCCUUUCAUCUUUUCACAACCCACAGAUACCUUUCUUCCACUCUCUAGAGUCAAAAGCAAGCAUUUCUCUCUCUCUCUCUCUCUGAGAACCAGAUCAAACACCUGCAGCUCCCUUUUAUUUCUCACUCACUACCAUAUCAAGCACCUUAUUCUUUAUUUCUAGAUUCCAAAACAAUCACCUCUCUCUCUCUCUAUACCAAAGCAAACAGCUUUAAAACUUUCUCUUAAGUACACCUCACAACAAACAAACAUCUAUUCAUUCCCUUUUUCUCUCCUCUACUCUAAACAAAAUGGCAGACAGGGUUUAUCCCUCGUCUAAACCUGCCACCAAUGGUACCGCUGCUCCUACCGCCACCACCAGCAACGGCGCAUUCCCCGCCACCAAGGCCCAGCUCUACGGCGCCACACGCCCCGCCUACCGCCCACAACCCCACAACCGCCGCCGCCAACACAGCCGUAGCUGCUGCUGCUCCUGUUGCAUCUGGCUAACCUUCUUUCUCCUCCUACUCAUCCUCCUCGUAGCCAUUGCAGGUGCCAUUGUCUACGUCCUCUACCGCCCCCACCGCCCUACUUUCUCUGUCAGCAACCUCAAAGUCUCGUACCUCAACGUAACUUCAUCCUCAACCAUAAAAUCCAAGUUUGACCUAGACAUCACAGCCAAGAACCCUAACAAAAAGCUUGGUUACAUCUACGACACUAUCACCGUCUCUUUACUCUCCAACGAUAUUGAUAUUGGUGAUUCAACCAUACCUGCCUUCGAGCAAGGCAAAAAGGACACGACCGUUUUGAAGGCUGACAUAACAAACACUGGCAAAACACUUGACAGUGGUUCUGUUAGUACUUUGAAGACGGGCUUGAAGAGCAAGAGUGGUAUUCCAUUGAAGAUAGAGAUUGACACAAAGGUGAAGGCCAAGAUGGGAGGGUUGAAGACCCCAAAGGUUGGAAUAAGGGUUACUUGUGAUGGAAUUACAGCUACUGUUCCUACUGGAAAAAAAGCAGCAACUGCAUCCACUUCUGCUUCUAAGUGCAAGGUUGACAUCAGAAUCAAGAUUUGGAAAUGGACUUUCUAAGAGGUGAUGAAUGGAAAAGAAGAAGAUGCAUGUGUGAAAUUUUUUGUUGGGGGUUAUCUUUAAUUUCUUUUUAAAUAAUUGUCUAUUAUUUUUAUUUUUUAAGUUUUUUCUCUUUUUUUGGUGAUUUUGUAAAUGGGAAAAAGGUUGGUGAGUUGAUUUGUACUAAAGUAGAGAAAAUUUGUUAUAUAUUUUUUCAAAAAGUUUGUGUUUUUUGUAAUUUUUUUUUUCUAAUUAAUAAUACCUGCAGAACUUGAUUUACA